AAGCCGAGGAGGAGAGGACGGGGCGAAAGGUUGGUCCAGGGACUUUGCUACGUGUCUCCCUCUCCUUUUAUACCUCUGUGCUCAGCUCCUGGAGCACACUCUUCUCCUGCAGACCUGCUCCUGGCUCCUUCUUCUCCUGCAGUCACAUCAGCCCAGCUCCUGCCAUCAUGUCCAAGACGGAGCAAUUAAAGAAGUCCACGAAUGUGGUGUACCAAUCCCACCAUGUCAGCAGAAACAAGAGAGGUCAAGUUGUUGGUACCAGAGGAGGCUUCCGCGGGUGCACUGUUUGGUUAACAGGUUUGUCGGGAGCUGGAAAAACAACUCUAGGGUUUGCUCUAGAAGAAUACCUGGUGUCUCAUGCUAUUCCCUGCUACUCUCUCGAUGGUGACAACAUCCGUCAUGGGCUUAACAAGAACCUGGGCUUCACCUCGUUGGAUCGGGAAGAGAACAUUCGCCGUAUUGCAGAAGUGGCAAAACUCUUUGCUGAUGCGGGCCUGGUGUGCAUCACCAGCUUCAUUUCUCCUUAUACCAAGGAUCGUCUAGAAGCCCGUAAAAUACUGGAAAAUGCAGGACUGCCAUUUUUCGAGGUCUUUGUGGAUGCUCCAUUAGAUGUCUGUGAAAGCAGAGAUGUGAAGGGUCUGUACAAGAAGGCCAGGGCGGGAGAAAUCAAAGGAUUUACUGGAAUUGACUCUGACUAUGAGAAGCCAGAUUGCCCAGAACUGGUGCUGAAGACCAGUCUCUACAGUGUGAAUGAAUGCAUCCAGCAGAUUGUGGAGUUGUUGGAGGAAGGGGAAAUUGUCCCAUCAGGAGCUACAAAGGAAGUCCAUGAAUUGUUUGUACCUGAGAACAAGUUAAAGCAGGCUCGGGAGGAGGCUGAAAACUUGCCUGCAGUUGAGAUUACUAAGCUGGAUCUCCAGUGGGUUCAGGUCCUGAGUGAAGGCUGGGCCACACCACUCAAGGGCUUUAUGCGUGAGAGGGAAUACCUACAAGUCCUUCAUUUUGACACCCUUUUGGAUGAUACGCGGCAUAACUCAGAUAUCUUAUGCUCAAAGUCUCUUGGUGGAAUAAUCAACCUGAGCAUUCCCAUCGUGCUGCCCGUCUCUACAGAGGACAAGGAAAGACUGAGCAAUGCCAAAGAAUUUGCCCUGUCCUAUGAGGGAAAGAGAGUGGCCAUUGUGCGGAACCCUGAGUUUUAUGAGCACAGAAAGGAAGAAAGAUGCGCCCGUGUUUGGGGCACUACCUGUGCCAAGCAUCCUUACGUCAAGAUGGUCCUGGAAAGUGGCGACUGGCUGGUUGGUGGCGAUCUGGAGGUUCUGGAAAGAAUCCAAUGGGGAGAUGGUUUAGAUCAAUACCGACUCACACCUCUGGAGCUGAAAGAAAAGGCAAAAGAAAUGAAUGCUGACGCUGUCUUCGCUUUCCAACUCCGCAACCCUGUCCAUAAUGGACACGCUCUGCUCAUGCAGGAUACUAGGCGCCACCUGCUAUCUAGGGGAUAUAAGUGCCCAGUACUUCUCUUACACCCACUUGGAGGGUGGACCAAAGACGAUGACGUGCCUCUGGAUUGGCGCAUGAAGCAACACGCAGCUGUACUUGAAGAAGGUGUCUUGGACCCAAAAUCCACCAUUGUUGCUAUCUUUCCGUCACCAAUGUUGUACGCAGGACCCACAGAGGUUCAGUGGCACUGCAGGUCUCGGAUGAUCGCUGGAUCCAACUUCUAUAUAGUAGGCAGAGACCCUGCUGGUAUGCCACAUCCUGAGACCAAAGUGGAUCUCUACGAGCCAUCACAUGGUGGAAAAGUCCUGAGCAUGGCCCCAGGAUUGACUUCUGUGGAGAUCAUCCCAUUCAGAGUGGCUGCCUACAACACAAAGAACAAAGCCAUGGAGUUCUAUGACAAAGAAAGACACAAUGAAUUUGACUUCAUCUCUGGAACCCGCAUGAGAAAGCUGGCACGUGAAGGAGAAAACCCCCCAGAUGGUUUCAUGGCCCUUAAAGCCUGGAAAGUCCUGACAGAUUAUUAUUGCUCCCUGGAGAAGAAGAGUUGAUUUGCGUCACAGGGAAUGUUCUAGUGUUUUCUACUUUUUUUUUUUUAUAAUCAAAUUUUAAAUCUAUUUCCAUGUUAAUUUCUAAACUAUUUUAAAGCUUUUAAUACAAUUAUAAUGACUAUUUUUUUAUAAUUAAUAAUCGCUUGCCAGCUAAACAAAAAUGUUGCACUUUGACAAAUUCCAGCAGUUACAUCUCUUGUAGGUUGAGACCUCUGUUCUGUGUCCUCUGGAAGUUAGCAUACCUUCAUGUAAUAAUAAGACAUACGUGUGCGGAUAGACAUUUAUAUUCUCUGUACCGUAUUUCAUUUACUGGACCUGCAGUUUGUGCUUAAGAGCUGCUCUUCUUACUAGAACGUAGGACAUUAAAGGGACCUAUGACAUUGGCUGACCUGGUGCAUGGUCGCUUGGCAGCUGAAGCCAUCUGUGUUGGUCCCA